AGCGCACCCACCGCCCACACCCCUCGGCUCCGCCAGCGGCUGGCACUCUCGCAGAGUUUGUUGCAAGGUCCCUUCGAGGCUCUGGUCUCCCCUCUAUACCUCAAGGUCGCCACUCCGCAAGAUGUCGUCGUCGUCCUCCAAGAUCAGGGCCUUUGAGCUCCAGUCCAAGAACAAGCAGGACCUCCUUGCUCAGCUCACCGAGCUCCGCACUGAGCUCUCGACUCUCCGCGUCCAGAAGGUCGUUGGUGGCUCGUCUUCGAAGCUCACCAAGAUCAACACUGUCCGCAAGUCGAUCGCCCGCGUCCUCACUGUCAUCAACCAGAAGCAGCGCCAGAACCUCCGCGAGUUCUACAAGAAGUCGAAGUACCUCCCCCUCGACCUCCGCAACAAGAAGACUCGCGCCAUCCGCCGCCGCCUCACCGCCAACGAGAAGGCUGCCACCACCGAGCGCGCCCACAAGAAGGCCGUCCACUUCCCCCAGAGGAAGUACGCUCUCAAGGCAUAAAAUGUUCGAUGACAUCGUGUCGCCGGGCUCAUCGGGCAUCCAUGCAUGAGUGUAACACCAUCGACCCCGCAAUCGGUAUCGCGCAAUGCAGACGAUUGUGGAUUGGAGGCCAUUGGGAAGGGUGCUGGAGAUUUUUCGGGCGGGAGCAGGGACAAGGACUGCGAG